CGGGCGGGACUCCGGGGCCGGGGGGCGCCGCCGUCCGUGCCCGGCGCCUCCGGCAGUCGGGUGGCCGCGCGUCCCGCCCGUCACGCUCCAGGGCGUCGGCGUGAAGGCGUGGGGAGGCGAGGGGGGCGAGCGAGCCGCGGGCCGCCCGGGGCCGGGCUGGGAGCGCGGGCGUGCGCGCACGUGGGCGGGGACCUCUGGGUGCCCGGGCCGAGCGCGCGGUCCCUGGGGGCGCAGAGGUGCCUGCGAGCCCGCGGGAGUGUGCGGGCGCCCCGUGCACCUGCAGCCCGGGCAGCGCGCGGCGGGAGCCCCUGAGGACCGCGUGGGCGCGCGGGGCUUUGUGCCCGCCCGUGGGUGCGUGGGCGCCGCCACCGCUAUCCGGGGGCCGGGGGCAGACAGCUGUCCCAGGGGCCGCUGCACAGCCGCGACCCUUCUCGUCCCCCUCCUCGCGGGCCCCCCGUUACCCUCUCUGCGCCUGCCUCCCCCACCCCUUCUUCUCUACGGGAUCCGCCCCUGGGUUCCUCGAAAGCCCCGUGGGGCGCUAAGGGACCCUGAAGUCCGCGCCUGGCCCAUCGCGGGGAGCAGCGGAGCAGCCAGAGGCCGCGAAGAUGCUGCAGCCGCAGUGGACAUGCCGGUCCCCGCCCUGCGCCCUCUCUGCGCGGUUCCCUCGUAGCACCGAGCGACCCCGCUGCCUCCCCAGCCUCCUCUCGCCAGUCGCCAGUCGGCACCCCGCAGCGCCCCCGCCUCGCCCACCGACCCGUUUCCUUUCCUCGCCCGCUGCCCUUCUCUUCUCCCACCUUCUCUCCCGGCCGGGGGGGCUGAGGGCUGGGCCGCGGAGUGACCGCAGCUCCCCACGAGCUCCCGGCCGGGGCCCCCCAGGCGGGCCGAGGGAGUGGCCACCGCGGCCCGGGGCGCACCAUGCGCGGCACCACACUGCUGGCGCUGCUGGCGCUGGUGCUGCUGUACCUGGUGGCCGGCGCCCUGGUGUUCCAGACCCUGGAGCAGCCCCUCGAGCAGCAGGCCCAGAAGCAGCUGGGGGAAGCCCGAGAGAGGUUCCUGCGGGACCAUCCUAGCGUGAGCGAGCAAGAACUGGGGAAGUUCAUCGAGGAGGUGGCGGCUGCCCUGGGAGGGGGUGCGCACCCCGAAACCAACGCCACCAAUCACAGCAACUACUCGGCCUGGAACUUGGGCAGCGCCUUCUUUUUCUCGGGCACCAUCAUCACCACCAUUGGCUAUGGGAACGCCGCCCUGCGCACGAACGCGGGCCGCGUCUUCUGCAUCUGCUACGCGCUGGUGGGGAUUCCUCUCUUUGGGAUCCUGCUGGCUGGAGUCGGGGACCGGCUGGGCUCCUCUCUGCGCCGCGGUAUCGGCCACAUCGAGGCCAUCUUCCUGAAGUGGCACGUCCCCCCGGGGCUGGUCCGAGUGCUCUCGGCGAUGCUCUUCCUGCUGGUCGGCUGUCUGCUGUUCGUCCUGGCGCCCACCUUUGUCUUCUGCUCCAUGGAGGGCUGGAGCCAGCUGGAGGCCCUCUACUUCGUCAUCGUGACGCUCACCACGGUCGGCUUUGGGGACUACGUGGCCGGCGCCGGCCCCAACGAGUACUCCUUCUACCAGCCGCUCGUGUGGUUCUGGAUCCUGCUUGGCCUCGCCUACUUCGCCUCAGUGCUCACCACCAUCGGGAACUGGCUGCGGGUCGUGUCCCGCCGCACGCGGGCAGAGAUGGGCGGCCUCACAGCGCAAGCGGCCAGCUGGACGGGCACCGUGACGGCGCGAGUGACGCAGCGCGGGGGGCCUGGUGCCUCUGCGCCGCCGCCCCCAGAGACCGGCCUCCCGCGGCCGCCCUCCCCGCCGCGAGCCCUGGAGCCCCCCGAGAAGGCCGCGCCCCCGUCCCCGCCCACCCCGUCGGCGCUCGACUAUCCCGGCGAGAACCUGGCGUUCAUCGACGAGUCCUCGGACACGCAGAGCGAGCGCAACUGCGCGCUGCCCCGCGCGCCCCGGGGGCGCCGCCGGCCCCCCAGCGCCCCCCGGAAGCCCGCGAGGCCGCGGGGCAAAGGCGCGGCCGUGUGACGGGACCCCCGCCCGCCCGGGUCUCCCCAGGGAUGCUGUCCGAGUGCUUUCUCCCCGGCAUGCUCUGCUUGUGUGACCAAAGAACCCUCUUCUCGACCCGACGGGCGCCGGCGACGGGGGCGCAUCUGCAGACCCUGGCGGGCGCUCACAUCUCACGACUGUGCCUCAAAGCCUGUAUCAAUAAACCUGCAGUGUGCACCUCGCGGGCGGCUGUGCGUGCCUGCGUCGGGCGCCCGGGGCGAGGGGCGGGCCGGACAGGGG